AUGACUGUCAUGGCUGGGGACAACCUGGACGAAACCUUGGCUUUGCCAGGCCACCCUCAGGAUAGCUACCGGCCAGGGUCUCACGAGGACCACGAGUGCUGUGAGCGGGUGGUGAUUAACAUAGCUGGCCUGAGGUUCGAGACGCAGCUGAAAACCCUGGCUCAGUUCCCCAACACUUUGCUGGGGAACCCCAAGAAACGCAUGCGGUACUUUGACCCACUGAGGAACGAGUAUUUCUUUGACCGGAAUCGCCCUAGCUUCGAUGCCAUCCUCUAUUACUACCAGUCUGGGGGACGGCUUCGCCGGCCAGUGAAUGUUCCUUUGGACAUGUUCUCUGAGGAGAUCAAGUUCUAUGAACUGGGGGAGGAGGCCAUGGACAAAUUUCGAGAGGACGAAGGCUUCAUUAAGGAGGAAGAGAGGCCCUUACCUGAGAAGGAAUAUCAAAGACAAGUUUGGCUGCUCUUUGAAUACCCGGAGAGCUCUGGGCCGGCUCGGGUGAUUGCCAUCGUCUCCGUCAUGGUGAUCUUAAUCUCCAUCGUCAUCUUUUGCCUGGAAACCUUGCCAGCCUUAAAGGAUCAGGAUAGAGCCUAUAUAUUCUUCAACCGCACGGACAACUCCACCAUCUACCGCAAGCCUAACAUCUUCACCGACCCCUUCUUCGUGGUGGAGACCCUGUGCAUCAUCUGGUUUUCUUUCGAGCUGGUGGUGCGCUUCAUCGCCUGCCCGAGCAAACCCGAGUUCUUCAAGAACAUCAUGAAUUUCAUAGACAUAGUGGCCAUCAUCCCUUACUUCAUCACCCUGGGCACAGAGAUGGCUGAGCAGAAGGGGCCUCCCAAAGGAGAACAGGCCACCUCCCUGGCCAUCCUGAGGGUCAUCCGAUUGGUAAGAGUCUUUCGCAUCUUCAAACUCUCCAGGCAUUCUAAGGGACUUCAGAUUCUGGGACAGACCCUCAAGGCCAGCAUGAGGGAGUUAGGUUUGCUUAUCUUUUUCCUUUUCAUUGGGGUGAUCUUGUUCUCCAGUGCAGUGUACUUUGCUGAAGCUGAGGAAUCUGGGACUUUUUUCGACAGCAUCCCCGAUGCUUUCUGGUGGGCAGUGGUAUCCAUGACCACUGUAGGAUAUGGUGACAUGUACCCUGUGACAAUUGGAGGCAAAAUUGUGGGCUCCUUGUGUGCCAUUGCUGGUGUGCUGACAAUUGCCCUGCCUGUACCUGUCAUUGUGUCCAACUUCAACUACUUCUACCACCGAGAAACAGAGGGGGAGGAACAGGCUCAGUUACUUAAAGUUAGCUCUCCUAACUUAGCCUCUGACUCUGACUUGAGUCGCCGUAGCUCCUCCACCAUCAGCAAAUCUGAGUAUAUGGAAAUUGAAGAGGAUGUGAAUAAUAGCAUAGACAAUUUUAGGGAGGCCACCCUCAGAACUGGCAACUACACCUUAGCCAAUCAAAACUGUGUCAAUAAAACCAAGCUACUGACAGAUGUUUAG